UGUCGGCCGAAGUCUGGCUCGUGUGUCUGGAAGCGUUUUAAAGGCGACGCGUCGCUGUCUGCCGCUGCAGAGCAGUUCAGAUGGGGAGAACAUUCUCCUAAAGAUGGUCCCCAAACUUAAGGACCUGCACAAACUGGCAGGACACACUGCCGUCAGCUCGGACCGAGACCGUUCUCCUGAAGGCUGCAGUGUCAACUAAAGCGAUGCAGUCCCUGCCCAUGGAAGUGGGAAGCAGCAGCAGCAGCAGCUCUGCUCCCAGCGACACAUCUGGCCCGGCGGUGCAGGUGUGCUUCCCCAGCGCUCAGGCCUCGGUGUUGGACAGCCUCAACCGGCAGAGGGAGGACGGCCGGCUCUGCGACCUCUCCAUCCACGUCCAGGGACAAGUGUUCAAGGCCCACCGCUGCGUCCUCGCCGCCUCCUCACCCUACUUCCAUGACCAGGUACUACUGAAGAACAUGUCCACAGUCUCCAUCCCGGCGGUAAUGGACCCGCUGGCAUUCGAGAGCGUGCUGAGCUGCGCCUACACCGGCCAGCUCCGGAUGCUGCGCGAGGACAUCGUCAACUACCUCACGGUGGGCAGCGUCCUGCAGAUGUGGCACAUCGUGGACAAAUGCACCGAGCUGCUGAGGGAGGGCCGGGCUGCAGCGGGAGGAGGGAGCAGCGGAGGAGGCGGAGGUGGUGGUGGCGGCGGAGGCGACGGCGUCCAGGAUGGGGCCAGUGUCGGAAGAGGUGGAGGCUCAGCUAACCUCGGAUGCAGCAGCAGCAACGGUGACGGUGCGGCAGGCGGUGUUAACGGAGCUGGAAGUGAUGGUGAUGGGGGUGUCGGAGGUGGUCAAUCCCAGGUGGUGGGGUCCGACGAGCCCCAGUGCGCCCCCCAACCCCCCAGCCGCCCCUCAGUGAGCGAGAGCCAGUCUCCCAGCAGCACCAACUACUUCAGCCCCCGGGACGGGAGCGGCUUUGGAGGAGGCGGUGCGGCCGCGGCGGGGGCUUCGGUGGACGGGGGCGGGGCUAGCAACACCCCCAGCUACUGCACCCCAUCAGGAGGGGAGGAAGCCUUCCUUAUUGAGGAAGAGGAGGAGGAAGUAGAGGAGGAAGAGGAGGAGGUGCUAUACCACCAGAGGAAGAGAGGAAGAGGAGGAGGGAGCGGGAGGAGGAAGAAAAUGAGCUCAGCGUCAGAGCAGGAAGUCGGGGUCAGCGACAGCUUUGGCGUGUCUUCCUAUCAGGACGGGGAGGACUCAGCGUUGCCGCUGCUGAAGCGUCCCACCUACAGCCAGCCCAGCAUCAUGCCGCGUAAACAGUGGGUGGUGGUGAAAACCGAACGCAUGGAGGACGACGACCUCAUCGUGGUGUCCGGGGAGGAGGGAGGAGAAGACGAGGAGGACGAGGAUGAGAGGGAGAUGGAGCUGGCCAGAGAGAGGGAGAGAAGCGACUUCAACAUCUCCAACGUUAGGAGCCUGUCAGGCGAUCUGGGGGGCAGAGCCGAGAACGACAUGGACUCACAGGUGGACUACUGCCAUUCUUCAGAAGACUACCUCAAGUUUGAAGGCAGUUUAAUGGACCAGACUUUGGCCCAGCACCUUCAUGACAGUGCAGCAGGUCAGAGCCAGAGCGCUAACCGGGCUGUUUCAGCGCUGCUGGGCCAGGUUCAGUCUGCAGCGUCUGCCCGGGCCCAGCUCUUCCCCCUGGACAUGCAGGGGAACCAGAUCCUCCUCUACAGCCAGGCAUCCGGACUCUCUCUGGACACCACCGCCCCUUCCCUGGGGAUGGCAGGCGCCAUGAUGGGAGGGGCCUCUUUCAAAGGUCCCAGUCUGGAGCACGGUGCGGUCCACCUGUCGGUCCAGGGCGGCUUGGGAGCUGAUGGCAUGGACGGCGGGGGGGUUGGAGGUGGGAGUGGGGGCGGCAACGGCGUUGGGGGUUCUGGGAAAGUGUUCAUGUGCCACUGUGGGAAGACCUUCACCCACAAGAGCAUGAGGGACCGCCACAUUAACAUGCAUCUAGACCUGAGGCCUUUCCACUGCCCCGUCUGCGCCAAGAAGUUCAAGAUGAAGCAUCACCUCACAGAGCAUAUGAAGACGCACACGGGCCUCAAGCCGUACGACUGCCUAGGCUGCGGCAAGAAGUUCAUGUGGCGCGACAGCUUCAUGAGGCACCGCUCGCACUGUGAGAGGCGCAGCGGGCUGGGAGAGAGCGGAGAAGGCGGGAGCAGCGGCGAGGGAGGGAGAAGGGGAGGAGGUGAGGAUGGGCCAGAUUUGAUUUCCUCGCCUCACCUCCUCCUGUCCGCAGGUGAGGGAGGACAGGGCAGUAUUAUGGGCGGAGGAGCGAGAGGAGGAGUGCCAGUUUCUUCUCCACACCUUUCCGGCGCCGUUAUGUCGCCGCAACACGCCGGCGUCUCAGCCACGGGAAGUAGCAGCAGUAACAGUGUGAUUAACAGCAGCAGCGUUGCUCUGAGCAACAGCAUGGCCGCCGCGGGGGCGCUUCUAGGGGUCGUCUCCCACAGUCCCGGUCAGGGAUCUGGGAUGUUUGCUGGUCUAGGUUUAGGUCGAAGUGGGUGUGAUGAAGACGUGUGUGAAGUCAGUGCCAAUGAUAGUAGCGUGACUUAAACCCGACGUGUGUGUCAUGUCCAACGGGUGCCUCUUUCUCAGCAAACAGCCGUGUUUCUCGUGCUGCUGUUUUUACAAUAAAUUAAACUUGGAAGAAGCUCUUCUGAAACGCUUGUAACUGCCAACACUCAGCAUUUCAAGCAGGAAGUGCGUACUUUGUCAAGAGUGGGGGGGUGGGGAGGCAAAGCUCCCGUUGGAUACACACGCUAAAGAAGUGUUUAAUACAAAAAAGGGUUCUUAAAGUCGUAAGGUCAUGCUGAUGCCAUCUCCAAUUAUCCAUAAAUGUUUUGGAAACUUGCCUCCGAAAAUUGGCCUCAUCAAAAAAAUGGACCUUUGGUCUCAGUAAGCUAUCGUUUUACAGUAUCCGAGAUGUUAUAGUCGAGAUUCUAGUUUUUGGUUUUUGUGGGAGACUUCUUUGCGUGUCGAGAGGAACCUAAAAACCAAGAGACAGCGCUUCACCAACUGUUGCUUUCUGUGACAACAUUAUAGUAUCAGUAGAGUAAAAAAAAAAAAAUGGCUGUUCUAAAUUGCUGUGAUUUUCUGCAGUAUUGAAUUGUAAUGUAUCACUGUCAUGUGAUUAUAAAAACACAAAUCUGCAAGAGAAAAUGUACUCAACACAUAAUUCAUAGUCCAAUUUAAGAUGAAUCUAAAGUUGCAGAUUUGUGUGUGUUGUUUUUUUCUUCUUCUUCCUUACAGCGGCCAGCUGUAGUGCAACUUGUCCUCAGUGUCCCACAUAACAGACUUACUGUCAGCACUGCCAUGUUGGUUUUAGACGAUACUAGGGUGCUGCUUUGCCUGAAGGCUGGAUUAUUACAGUAAAGGCACAAUUCUUUAUCCUCAUCCUCCAGAUUUUUUACCAGACAGGAACAAGUUUUUUUCUUUUUGCUGCUUAUUUACCAACUUGUUCUUUUUUCAAACUUAAAAAGGUCCAAUAUGUAUAUUUCAUAUUUAAUGUAUUUAAUCAAAAAAUACCAAAAUAUGUCAUCAGAUAUCGAGGAAACAUUUUAAAUACUAGGCACAACGCUAAAGGCAGUACUUUCGUCUUUUGAAAUGUUUUAUUUUGGCCUUUGUCUUGUUCUGCUUGUUUUGACACCGGGGUUGGAGACAUGAAACAUUUUUUUUCCUUCAAAAAUACACUAUUUUUUUUUUGUUCAAAAAGUAGUUAGGUUCAUUCUACCCAAACUAAAAAAAACUAGGUAUUUUCUAAACAGUUGAAUGACUAGAGACGUUUAAAACACGGGUAAAUAUUGGAGAUACAUUUAAGAGAUGGAGACAGCUUAGAGCCCAAAAGGAUGCUAAUUUUCUUCCUUAAUAACAGGUAAGCAUUGAGCUUCAUUAAUUUCUAUCACGGCUUGCAUAGUAGGAAUGAGCAUUUUCCGUUAUUUAACCUUCAUGUUGUCCUUGGGUCAAAUCUACCCGUUUUCAGUUAAUUUUCUUUUUUCUUUGUCACAAAAAAUGGGCCACCGAAAUAAGCGCUGAAAAUCUACAUCAUUAAAAAUAUAAAAAAAACUUUGGAAAAAAAACACCAAAAACGUCCAAAAAAAGGCACCCACAACAUUGAAAAAUGUUGGAAAAAGCGAUAAUAAUGUUGGGAAAAAAAAGUGACCAUUGUUGACGGGAAGACAACACAAGGGUUAAACAUUCCUGUGCUCGCAUUAAAUUUUAUAGAGUAACGUAAGUCGAGCUAGGUAGCUAGUUACUGCCGAAAAUUAAGACACCGACGGUGAAGGACUGGUGCUAGCGAAUGCUAACAUGCUAACUGCUAACGUUAGCUAGAGCACAAAGCUCCACGUGGUCGCGGUUUUUUCGGCGGUCGUUGUUGUCACGUUUAGCCGAUAACAGGUGACUGUUAGGCGUGUAAGUAAUGUCUGGUAAUGCGACACUAGCGUCAGUGACAUUGUGUGGCGUUGGGUUAGCCCGUGAACUUCGACUCUGCCUGGGGCAAGAGUGUAGAGGAGAGCCCGGGUGAAAUGUGGACUGCGCUAACCAUUUGUAAACGCUAGAUGGCAGUAUUACAUAUUGGACCUUUUGUUGUUGCAAAAUAUAAAAUUGUCUAUUUUCCAAUAUCGUCUAUCGCUACACACUACCUGUAACUGAUUAGCUGCAGAACUUCCCCUAUGGAGCCUGUAAAGCAGAAGGUGAUUUUUUAAUUAGUCCUUUAAGCAGAAGAAGCCCCCGAUGCGUUCAGGUUUGCUGCUGUUACCUGCUUUCACUUUCUUGUUGUUCACAGAGUUCUCGUGCUUUGAGAAGUAUAUUAUAACUGUAAAUAUAUAGAAAUAUAUGUCCUUUUAAUCAUCAGACUUAAAACAAAUACUAACUUGUAAUACUGAUGGGUUUGCUGCCGUUUGAUCUGCUUUGGAAAGAGUCACCCAGAUGUAGAGAAAGUAUUUGAACGUGUUCUGCACUGGGUCCCCCAAACCACAUAAUACUGAAACCUCCAGUGGGUCCCCUCGAUAAUAAUAAUGAUGGUGGUGGUUUUAUUUAUGAGCUAUACAGUGUAUAGUGUGUUUACACGUGUACCUCCCCUGAACGGUUGACAGAGUAGAAGUUAUGGGCCACAAUGAAAAGUUCUCAGUAGCUGUUAUGCAAACAGUCAGAUACUUGUUUUAUUUCUUUUAUUCACCCAAAUGUUAUGAAAAGAGCCACAUAUUUUAAUUUUCUUUUUGUGGAAUUCUUUCUCUUUGGAUUCAAAUAUUUUUUUUCCACUGGUGGAUUUUUCUUCCUGCAAUCAUUUUCAAAGCAUCACUGAGUCACGCAGGUCCUCACCUCCGAAAAAUUUGUAAAUGUUGAGAGACAUGUUGUUUGCCUCUCUGUCCACAUUAAUCAGCGGCGGUGGUUUUGGCCUCACGCCUGUCCCCGUUUUGGUCCCAGAUGUGAAUGCGUUAAUACUACUUCAGUUUGAAACAUUGGCUAAAGAUAAAUCUAAGUGUUCUGAGGCGUCCAGAUCGAUAGAUGAAGAUUUCAGGUAGAGUUAAGGUCAGCGAUGUUGGGAUUUCACUUUUUGGGACGGUCGGAUUCCAGGAAAAUGCCCAAGUAAACAUCUGACUUGUCACACAUCCUGAAAAUUAUAUUAUCAGUAGGACAACAGUCAUUAUUUUAGACGUUUUAAACAAUUUAUUGUAUAGUCGUGUUAAUCGUAAUAAUAAUCAUAAUCCCAGCCGUGAUGUUACCACUGCUGAAUUGCAGAUAAUUUGAGGGUCUUUUUUGAGGGAAAUUCAGGACUUGAAGUUCAUCGUUGUUCUCUCACAAUAUGACAAACCUGCUCUCAAGAUGCCAAAUUGAAAUGCAGGUUGAUCUGUCCACUUUGAGCCGGACAGGAAUGUUACGUCAGAGUUUCUCCUCAAGCACCAUACUCUCUUCUGGGCCCUGCUGAUAUUAAAAUACCAUACUCUCUUCUGGGCCCUGCUGAUAUUAAAGUACCCGUUGAGUUCUGUGCUGUAUCCAUACUGGGACCACACUGAUCCUCAACCAGCUAGACCUACUGCUACAAAGUGUAUAUACUUUCCCAUUAAUACACUCGGUAGUUACGUUCUGCUUGUAUAGGAGGGUGUACUUGUUACAAUACCAACAUUUUUGUCAAAUAGGUUCAGGUGCCUCACCAGUGCGUUGACUUACUUACUCAACACUUAUUUCUAUUUGUGAUAAUCUAAUCUGACAAUGACAACAACAUAUAGGCCUAGGAGUAACAACACUUAAAUCAAAUGUACACAGGUGUUGUGAAGCAUCGUAAUACCACGGAGUUCUUGUGACAUGGUAUUGGCACACCCUAAACAUAGUUUAAACCCUAUUAUCGACACAUACACAAGAUGCAUUAAACUGGAGGUAACCAUAGCAACAAUACUAAUGCUCGACACUCUUUCAGUGUGCCAGUGUAGCUGCAGCACAGGACAGUUUGUAGUGGAAGAAUUAAUAUGACGUGACCUCUUCAACGUGUCCUGCCUACGUAGAGAAAAGACAAAGGACCAGAACGUUUUACCUUCUGUGAAGGCCGGGUCGGGAUAUUUUUAUAGGCCGGCUCGGAGCGCCGGCUCGGAGCGCCGGCUAAAUGAAAGGACUGUUGGCUGUUUGCAUGUGUUCGCUGAUCUGUGACCUCGAGUGUUUCCUCUACGACUGCUGCAGUUGUUUGCUCCUCUGCUGAACAGCUAGAGACAACACACUGGAUGUAGAAGCCGUGAAUGUAGGUGAACAAGAUGAGCACAUUUAUUUUUGAUGUUUGUAUUCCUCAACAAACAAAAACAGAUGAAGAGACAGAUGUUUUGUGGUCAGAGAAGGCUCAGUCAGAAAGCUGUGAACUCUUGGUCGCUAUGCGUGAAACCAGGCUGAUUUAUAAGUAAUGGAAGACACGAUCAUCUCUACUUUUUACACCCACUAAUUGAAGACAUCUCUAGUCAGCCCUGAUGUUAUGAAUUAAAAUUCCUCAAAUAAUCAUUAAAACCUCAACAAAAAAGUUUUUUUAGGUUUGUUCCAUUACCUUCACUCAAGUGAGUGCCCUUAUAUUUUAAAAUGAGUGGAAUCACAAAGUGAUUUUUUUUCUCUUUUUUUUUUUAAAGACUCAUAACCAAAGAGUUCACAUUUUCUCUAACUGUUUAAGGCCCCUUAGUGGCUGCGAGGACCUAUAAGCACCCGGUUAUUUCACAAUGCCUUCUGGUAAAUUAAUUAACACGAUGGCUGUGUUUCCAGCAGCUCUGCAGCUUCACCUGCUGCUGCUGCUGCACCAACAACACCCUAAACAGGUUCUGCCAAACAACAAUUACAAACUCUAAACUACAACCACAUGGUUCCCCUUGCACCAGAUUUUAAACGAGUGAUAGAAGAGCCAAACAUUCCUUAAUCAAGAGAAAGUUGCUGCUGGAAGGAUCUGCGUAGAGAGCUGGAAGUUGCUGCUGAAAACUAGACUGAGGUAUUUCAAUUAUUUUUGUACAUUCCACAAACUGUGUUACACAACUUCUUACACGUCUUCUGAUUGACCAGUUGAUUGUUGAACAGAAAAAUGACAAUAUACAUUUUUAUGUAAACCCUGAGUGGUACUAAUAAUGUAAUAAACUACAGUACAUCAAUAUUCACCUCUGCCCUGUAUCAAAAUGAUGGAUUAAUAAAUUAUUUGGUGCGAAUCAUG